AUGGAUUAAUUGGAAGCAUUGUUAGUCAAGAGUCCAACUAAUCAAUAUAUAAUAUAUAACAAGAUCCUGGGAAGAGGAGCAUAUGGAGUUGUUUUACUUAGUAAGCAGAUCAAAUAAUAAUAAUUUUAUGCAAUCAAAAUAAUUUCCAAAACAGUCUUAGCUAAGAUUAAUGGAGCCUACAAUAUGAGAUAAGAAAUAUUGUUUCUUUCAAAAUUGCAACAUCCUAAUAUUAUAAAAAUGUAUGAAACUUUUGAAGAUGAAAACUAUUUUUAUAUAGUGUUGGAAUACUGUUCCAAAGGAAAUUUAUUUUUAUUACUUAAAGAAUAAGGAGCGUUUCCUGAAGAAAAGGCUUUUAAAUACUUCAAUUAAAUUUUGUAAGCAAUAUAAUUUAUGCAUAAAAGAUAAAUUAUCCAUAGAGAUUUAAAAUUGGCAAACAUUUUAUUAACAUAAGACGAUAAUAUAAAGAUUUGCGAUUUUAAUUGGGCAACAGAAUUAAUUGAUGGGCAAGCUGAUCCAGUACUUUGUGGAACUGUUGACUAGAUGCCACCAGAAGUUUCUUCCUUUAGUUUUCAUGAUACAAAAUUGGAUAUUUGGAGUUUAGGAGUUUUAUUAUAUGAAAUGUUACAUAAUAGUCUUCCAAUAAUAUCUUUUGUGACUGAAUUGUCAUUCGGACGACAUGUCAGCGAAGAAGCAAUAGACUUAAUAAAAGAUUUAAUGAACCUAGAAAAAUCUUAAAGACCAGCAGUAAGUGAAAUCUAUUCUUACAAAUGGAUGAAAAAUAACCUUGCUAAAUUAAAAAUCUAAUCUACGAUUUAAAGUUCACGUGUGACUCCAAGACAUUCAAAAUAAAAUAGUUUGGAUCUGAAAGAUAUAAGUAAAUGUAUCAGAACUGAAAAUUGA